GAUUGGUUGUUAAUCGAGCCGGUAAAUAUGGCGUCGAUUCGAAAACGCAAGAGGACAAUGUUAGAAGAUAUACGUCAUUCAACUUCAAACUUUGAUAUUUUGAGGAAGAUGACCGAGAAUAAACGGAAGAGAACAGAAACAAGUGACGGAAACGAUUCCAAGGUAUGUUUAUUUUGCUUAAAAAACAUGUUUAUUUUGAGCCGGGCAACCGGUGAAUUAUGUAUUUACAUUGUGAAAAGAAGACAUUCUACUGAUCAUGUUCCAUUUAAACGAACAUUCAGCAGAGUUUCAACAAGGUCAAAAUCAAGCGUGAAAACGGAAGAUAAUGAAGACAAUAAGAACAUUUUUAGUAAUAUAAGAGGAAGUAUACGACGCUCCUUAAGGCUUAAAGUUCAUAACAAGCUACAAAAAACAGCAAUGAAAGGACAAGAAGAUUAUAACUUACCAAAUUUGGAAAAUGAUUUGCAAUAUAUGAGAUUUAUAAGUGCGCAAAAGAAGAAGAGGGGAACAAAUCUACCAAAGGAAAUUGCUUUAGAACAAAAAAUUGAGCAAGAAUUAAAACUACGCAAUGGUGCAAUAAAAUUACUGUCAGCGUGUUCCAAGCAAAGUGAAAGUCAACAGUCUCUAGAAGCAGCAAAGUCGCUUUUUAUGUCAAAUAUGAGAAUGAAAAGCCUAAUGGACAAACUUCGAACAGAGGAAAAUCGUUCUUCAGCUUGCCUCGGUAAAGUGAGUGUAAGUUCAAUUAAAGUUCCUCUUUUGUGGCGUGAGAAAGAAAAUUUAAAACCUGGUAAAUUUACGGGAAGAAAUUUUGUUGCAUUCGCUGUUUUAAAAAUCGAUUCGGAAGUAUUUGACACACAAUUGGUGUACGUUACACCAGAGAAUAAUAAUUUAGCCUUUGAGGAUAUUUGUGUAUUCCCAAAUGUCAGCUACAAUUUUAAUUGUGAAUUAGAAAUUUAUUGUCACCGACUUGGCUAUAAUGAACUUCCAUCUUCAAUAACGACAAGCUCCACCGCAGCUAGCACUCCAAGGAAACUAAAAAACCGACUAUCAAAAAUAUCAGAUUCCAUAACCCGGUCUUUCAGUCGAAAACUGUCAACUAUGGUGAAAAUUGAAGAAAGUGAUGGAACUAUGAUAAUCGGACCAAAAUUCGAUUUGUUGGCGUCAACAACUUUAACUUUACAAGACGUCUGUGAAAAAGGAAAGACUUUAGAUUUGAGACUAGAAGAUUCGGAAAACAAUCCUGUAAAUAAACUGCAGCUUUUUGGUCAUCUGGUUUGCAGGGUAGCUGCGAUACCAUAUUGUUUAACAGAUGUCACUCUAGUUGGUUACCUCUCAAUAAACUGCAAUAGGGGUGGUGGAUGGUGUCCAUACUUUUGUGAAUUAAGAUCUAUGCAAUUAUCUUGCUGGGAAGAUAAAUCAGACGUGAAUAAAAUGGCUCCAGUUUUGACAAUCCGUAUAAACAAGGAUGUACAAAUAACUCAACUCCCAGAAACUUCUAAUUCGACCCUGCCAGGCCAUUGUCGAGAUUCUUUGCUCAUUAACACUGUUGAUGCUAGUUUUGAAAUACUUGCCGCUUCAAACAGGGAGUUAAGAAAAUGGUGGAAUGCUUUACAGCAGCAUCUUGUUGAUCAAGCUCUGUGGCAGCAUGCAUGCGAUUAUCAAAUGAGCAUGGAACCGACUUUAGAUUUAACUGAUUCUGAAAUUCGCCCGGUCACAAAAUACCGACGACGUUCAUCUACUGCCCCAACUCUUGGUGUUCGAGCUCUUCUUCACGAAAGAAUUGGAGCAUAUAAUUUAGAUGUUAAUACUGUAUUAGCUAACAAAGGAGAUGAUAACUCAGCCUUCGGGUAUUCUAUAGCACAACACUGGGAUGGCAAAAGAGCUACGCUAUUAGUUGGUUCGCCAUUGCAUUCAUCUACAUAUAAUAAUGAAAUUGAGGACUUUAGCUGCAAACACUCUUCAUUAUUAGAAAAUGAGUUAUAUAGAAGAAAACCUGGCUCAACCUUUCAAUGUGACAUCGAAGCCACUACUAAACAGUUAAACAAUUGUUCCUACUGGAUUACCGGAUGGGAAACUUGCCUCCCAACGGCGUUAUAUAAACUAGAAGGACUAAAACCCAAUAGUCCUUACAAUGUUCAAGAGAGCCGAAGAGGAAUGGGCUUGGGAACAGUUGUUCAUUCGUCCUCAAAAGAUCGAAGUGUUGAUCCACUUAAGUAUGAAUCUCUUGCCUGUGCCCCUUUGUGGUCAACAGUGUUAAAUACUGAGGAAAAAAUGUUCACCAUGGGUACUUGUUUUCGUGAACCAAUAGAGACACCCCCGAGUAGAAGAGCCAAAGGUUAUGAUUGGUUUACUUUCUCAAGACCGGCCAAAUUAAAUCUUGACAGUCGCUCGGAUAUCCAGGAUAUUUUUCAAUUUUUUCAUAACUCAGCCCAAGGAUUCUCAGUCGAUAGUAAUAAAAAAAGUCAAGUUCAAGUUGCGGGAGCACCUCUAGCCAAUUUUUUCAGAGGUGGAUUUAUUAUAUCCUUAAUCGGUGAUGAAGAGGAGUAUAAAGGGAAAAACAAUAGGGAUGAAACUGCUAAGGUUGGACGAUAUGUCUUACAUUAUCCAACAGGAAAUAACCGCUUGAAGAGAUUGGAUAAAAUACAUUAUUCGGGUAUGUUGGGAUAUUCUGUAGCUCUACUUAGUGUUACAGAUCCUAAAGAUCCACGCAGAUUUGAUGAUAAAUAUCGCACUAGCUUUACUAAGUGUUUGGCAUAUAAUAAUUCAAAUGACUGCAGGCAUGAUGAGAGAAUGAAACUAUUUAAGAAAUGUUCAAAAGGUGACUUUGAGAUAUGUCGGCUAAGCACACUGGAAUUAACGCCACAUUUUUAUAGCAAUGUUGGUGUUGUUGCUGGAGCACCAGCUCUCGAAACGUCUAGUGGCGCAUUAGUCCUGUUCAGAGUAAUUGCUUUGAAAAACCCCAGCUUUGCCUACAAAGAAGAUCCUUAUCCAAUGAGAAUGAUGUGGCAAUAUAAUUCCACAGAAAUUGGGGAGCGCCUAGGAACAUCCCUGCUUAGUAUGGAUAUUAAUGGAGAUGGAUUCGAUGAUAUUAUUUCUGGAGCUCCGUAUUAUACGAAUGAAAAAAGAACCAAAGGUGGUAGAGUCUAUCUCUUUCUAUCGAAUGGAAAAGACUUGGUCGAUAGUGAUGUCUAUCCUGAACCAGUUAAAAUUGCUGUUGAUCAAACUGAGACCACAAAUUGUGCUAAAAAGAAAUGCUAUUCUUUUCAAUUUGGAAAGUCAUUGGCCAAUGCUGGUGACCUAGAUGGUGAUGGAAUCGAUGAUUUGGCAGUGGGGGCGCCUUAUGAAGAUUUGGGUGCUGUUUAUAUAUUCUCAGGAGGAUCAAGAUCACAAGAGGAAUGGAAAAAUGUCAAACCUUCACAAAAAAUAACAGUUGAUUCUCUUGGGGAUGAAUCUGUCAAGCAAAUUCUAAAUAAGGGAACUUUCGGUUGGUCUCUUUCAGGUGGUUUAGACAUGAAUGAUGACGGUUUAAUCGAUUUAUCCGUUGGAGCUUAUAAAUCAGAUGCUGUGCUAUCUCUCUUCAGUAGGCCCGUUGUUUUCGUGAAAUGGAGCUUUAAAUAUCCACAGAAUUUUGACUAUGAAUCUAAGACAUUCGAAUUUAGAGUUUGCGCAGAAGUAACAGGUAGUCGGCCUUCAAUUUCAAAAAUACUUAAUUCAAUGAAUUAUGUAAUAUAUGAGGAUUUAUCUACCGGAGCUCCGCAGCGCUUCAAAAUUGAUGAUGAAAUCGGAAAGAAGAAAGGCGUUUUAAUGGAAACAAUCGCCUUAAAUACAAAAAUCUGCGAAACGUUUACAUUAAAACUCUUAGACAAUACCAGAGAUCUUAUCAGUGGCCUUAGACUUACUAUAGUAAUAGAGGCAACACAGCCGGACAAAGUUCUUGGAAAUCAAAUUAAAUUGGUUAACUACCCUGCUGUCAUGGAUAAAGACAAAAUUCGGUCAAAAAUUAUUCCAUUUAAGACAACAUGCCAGCAGGUUCCAUGCCGUUGCGACUUAGUAACGAAAGUAAAACCGAAUUUACCUUUAAUUGACCCUCGGGAAAACGUCUAUUUGUUUGAUACUAAAGAAAACAUCAAUAAUACGAUUAGAAUGGAUUUUACCGUUGAGAACAACGGCGAAGAAGCUCAUGAUCCUAAGCUAAUUAUAGAACCCCCAGAUAGUUUUAGAUUGAUUAAUUUUGUAAAAACUGAAAAUUCUCGGUGUUUUACCAGUUUAAACACCUCUGUUAUAACUUGUAAUCUGAAAGCACCCUUAAAACAAGGAGAAAAAUCUGUGGUGGCUAUAGACUUUCAAUUUCAGCUUAGUCUAUCUUCAAGUCUCUCUCUAUUUCGAGCAGAGGCUAAAUCAAUCAGUGAAGAAACUCAUCCAGAAUCCAAUAUCGUGAUUAAUCGCAUAAAGGCAAGUGUUACAAUUAAUUUAAGUCUGAGAGGACUGUCAUCGCCAGACAGUCUGUUUAUUGAAGGAGAUAUUAGAGGAGCAUCUUCAUUUAACUCAACAAAACAAAUUGGACCUCCUGUUCAACACAUUUUCAAUGUUCGUAACGAAGGAAAUUUUACCGUUCAAAACGUUCGUUUAGUCGUACACUUUCCAUACGAAUUAAAACCUUUAGAUGGGGACGAUCAUGGAAAAUAUCUUUUCUACGUCGAGAAAAUUCCAAAUGUAGAGUGUUUUAUUAAACCAGAAUAUGUUAUAAAUCCAGAAAAUUAUAUCAUCGGUGAUUCAAAAACAGUUUCAAGUCAAAAAUCAGUUUCAAAGAGGUCAGUAGGCGACUCGACAGGAGAGGAUUAUGGAAAUUCAGUGUCAGAUGGAACAACUUUAAAGGUUGGCUGUAAAUUAUUAGGUGCUAGAUGCGCAGUUAUCACCUGCGUUUUUAAAAGAAUCAAUACUGGACAAUCAGCAGAUGUUAAAAUUUAUGCAAGAGCUUGGAAUACAACUUUCUUACAGGAAUUUGCCGAAUACGAAACAGUUCAUGUUCAAUCGGAAGCCAGUUUAGAAUAUGGCGAAAAUUUGUUUGAUCGUACACCGGAGAAUAACAAUUUUACUAUUAUAACGGAGAUCCAAACUUCUAAAAUAUUUGAAAAGAAGGGAAUAAAAAUUUGGCAUAUUAUUUUAGCAGCAAUUGGAGGUUUCCUAAUUUUGCUUGUAGUCUUAUUUUUAUGCUGGAAGUGUGGUUUCUUCAAGAGAUCGAAAAGAGACGAAAUGUAUGUGUAUCAAGGAAAAAAACGAAAGACGAAGGACAAUUUAUAG